AUGACAACAGACCAGCCUUCUCCAGUUCAACAUUAUUACCACCUGGCGAUGGUCACUGACAAGGAAGAUUACCAUGGCAAGCUAUCACGCAACCUUGUGUUUUGCUUGCCAGGCUAUUCUCCCAAAGAUCACUAUGACCCAUCUCGAGGGUGUUAUCCAAAUGAGGUGAAAGAUUUCUGUGAUCCGAAUUCUUCACCUUCGGAUGUCUCUAUCCUGAGAAUAGCAAAUGCGGAUUUUCCUAACAGGGAAUUUUCAGAACUAGAAAGGGUGUUUCAACUUGAUGAGGAGAUUUGCAGGCAUGAAUUAUUGAAUGAUUGUCUUUGUGAGGCAGCUGUCUUUAGUGGUGUGACAGUAUGUGCAAUACUUGCUCCACUUUUUGCAUCAAUUGCUAUAUACUAUCACCCUUUCGUACGAAAAUAUAGACAUGCCAAAAACCCUCGAAAAAGAAAGCCAAUUGAGCUGAAUUUAAGGGCAUUUUCGUUCCAGCAGCUGCACGAAGCCACUAAUGGUUUCAAGAAUAAAUUAGGCCAAAGAGCUUCUGGUGCUGUUUAUAGAGGAAGUCUCAAGUUAGAGGAUAAAGAAGUUGAAGUUGCUAUAAAGCAAUUGGAAAAUGUCACGGAACAAGGUGAAGAAGAUAAAGAAUUUUUGGCAGAAGUGAGAGUGAUAGGCCUAACACAUCACAAGAAUCUGGUUCGUUUGUUAGGCUUCCGUAACGAAAAAAAUCAUCGUCUUCUUGUUUAUGAAUUGAUGAAAAAUGGGGCUGUGUCAAAUUUCAUCUUUCGGGAUGUACAAAGACCGAGCUGGAAGUUAACAAGUAAUAUUGUACUUGGCAUUGCUAAAGGCGUUUUAUACAUGCAUGAAGAGUGUGAAAACCAGAUCAUUCACUGUGACAUUAAGCCACAAAAUGUCCUUCUUGACAAGAACUACACUGCCAAAAUUGCGGAUUUUGGUCUUGCAAAGCUUUGUAUACGUCCGAAAUCGGAGAACUCGAUUUCGAGGUCUGAAUGGAACCCCGGGCUUGAAUUCGGGGUAGCACGAAGUAAAGACCAAAUCUGA